CGGUGGCUUCAUCCUUAAACCCUGUUUACCCCAGAAAGCUAGAAGUGUGGACAGACAGGAGAGCAGAGAGAAAAAUUCAGACACAAUAAAACUCCGAUGGGGGGAAAAAAUAUGUAGGAGGAGGAGGGAGCCGCGGCCUGGGGAAAAGGAUUGAAAAGUUUCGCCUGGGUUAACUUCUCUUCCUCCCCCAGCAGCAACAGAAAGAACAGCCGCCAAGAGCACAAGUAUCCCAGCAUCUCUGAAGUCUACAUAAAUCUUUGACCUUCAUCAUCCUAAGCCCCUGACAAUCUUUGAAUUAAACAAGUAAAGGGGUCAUGGCACGCUUAACGAAACGACGGCAAGCAGAUACAAAAGCUAUCCAGCAUCUUUGGGCGGCUAUAGAAAUAAUCCGAAACCAGAAGCAAAUUGCUAACAUUGACCGUAUUACAAAGUAUAUGUCUCGGGUUCAUGGUAUGCAUCCCAAAGAGACCACACGUCAGCUUAGUUUAGCAGUAAAAGAUGGCCUUGUUGUUGAAACUUUGACUGUGGGAUGUAAAGGAUCAAAAGCUGGUAUUGAGCAAGAAGGAUACUGGCUUCCUGGAGAUGAGAUUAGAGGCCCUGGAGGAAUGGCAUCAGAGGAGCUACCAGACAAGAAUUUAGGAGGAAAGGCCUACAGUAUGCAGCCUUUCUCCCGGACAACAGCAAAAAUCAAGGACUGGGAGACAGAAACUCAUGACUGGUAUUGUUUUGAAUGCCAUUUGCCUGGAGAGGUGUUGAUAUGUGACCUGUGUUUUCGUGUAUAUCAUUCCAAGUGUUUAUCUGAUGAGUUCAGGCUUAGAGACAGCAGUAGUCACUGGCAAUGCCCAGUUUGCAGGAGCAUUAAGAAGAAGAACACAAGCAAACAAGAGAUGAGCACGUAUUUGCGUUUCAUUGUCUCCCGUAUGAAGGAACGAGCUAUCGAUCUGAACAAGAAAGGCAAGGACAACAAACAUCCCAUGUAUCGUAGGCUGGUCCACACAGCCGUUGAUGUUCCAACUAUACAAGAGAAAGUAAAUGAAGGAAAAUACAGGAGUUACGAGGAGUUCAAAGCGGAUGCUCAACUGCUUCUACACAACACAGUGAUUUUUUAUGGAGCAGACAGUGAGCAGGCUGAUAUAGCCAGGAUGCUUUACAAAGAUACCUGCCAUGAGCUGGAUGAACUUCAGCUUUGCAAGAACUGUUUUUAUUUAUCAAAUGCACGUCCUGACAAUUGGUUCUGCUAUCCUUGUAUACCGAAUCAUGAGCUGGUAUGGGCAAAAAUGAAAGGUUUUGGAUUCUGGCCUGCCAAAGUCAUGCAAAAAGAGGACAAUCAGGUUGAUGUUCGCUUUUUUGGCCAUCACCACCAGAGGGCCUGGAUCCCUUCAGAAAACAUUCAAGACAUCACAGUUAAUAUACAUCGGCUGCAUGUAAAACGCAGCAUGGGCUGGAAAAAAGCAUGUGAUGAGCUAGAACUACACCAGCGUUUCCUUCGGGAUGGCAGAUUCUGGAAAUCAAAGAAUGAGGACAAAGGAGAGGAGGAAGCAGAGUCCAGCAUCUCUUCCACUAGCAAUGAACAGUUAAAGGUUACUCAGGAACCAAGAGCAAAGAAAGGAAGACGUAAUCAAAGCGUGGAACCCAAAAAGGAAGAGCCAGAGCCUGAAACUGAAGCAGUUAGUUCAAGCCAGGAAAUUUCCACAAUGCCUCAACCCAUUGAAAAAGUUUCAGUCUCAACCCAGACCAAGAAAUUAAGUGCCUCUUCUCCAAAAAUGCUGCAUCGGAGUACCCAGACCAAUAACGACGGAGUGUGUCAAAACAUGUGCCAUGACAAAUACACCAAAAUCUUCAGCGACUUCAAAGAAAGAAUCAAGGCUGAUCAUAAGAGGGAAACUGAGAGGGUUGUGCGAGAAGCUAUUGAGAAGCUGCGUACAGAAAUGGAGGAGGAAAAAAGGCAGGCUGUGAACAAAGCCAUUGCAAAUAUGCAGACAGAGAGUGACAGGAAAACGAAGCAGGUGAAGGAGAAGUGCAAAGAAGAGUUUUUAGAAGAGGUUAAGAAGCUAGCCAGCCAGCACAAGCAACUGAUCUCCCAGACCAAGAAGAAGCAGUGGUGCUACAACUGUGAAGAGGAGGCCAUGUAUCACUGCUGCUGGAACACUUCCUAUUGCUCCAUCAAGUGUCAGCAGGAGCACUGGCAUGCUGAACACAAACGCACCUGCCGCCGAAAGAGAUGAAAGCUCCGUUCCCCUGCGAAGGAGUCCCCCUGGCUUAGUGCUGUCCUCUGACGCAGCAGGUUUCUUUUGGGGGUGGGGGAGUGUUUUUAAAGUUCGUUUCCAAGGAGUUAGAAUUGUUAGAAUUCGCUCCCCGGUUUUAUUUUAUUUUUUGCACCAGCCUUUAAAACACUUUUUCGUAAAGAACUUUUUGCACAGUUAAAUUUCAGUCUUGUAUUUUAAUGCUCCACUCAAAUUGUUCUUCCCUCCUCCUCUCCCCCACCCCCCAAUUUCUUUUGUGACAGUAAGGCAAUUUGAAUCUCUGCUGGAGCACAUUACUCUUUGGUAAAUUUUAACCUAGGAAAUUUGUUGAGUUUUCAGCAAAUUAAAAAAAAAAUGAAAGCAAAGUUUUUAGGUUUCAUAGAGACUAAGAAAUAUAAUGACAGGAACAUUUUAAAGAGAUCUGAAUGUAAGAAGUUUAAAAUGUUUAGAAAAGAAGAAGAAAAAAGCAUACUACCUGGAUGUAACACUUACCUGUUAAUCACAUGAGCUGGUUUUGUUCAGCUUAAUUUACUGUUUAAAGGCAUUAUCUAUUGGUUUGCACCAGUGGGUAUACGAUUGAAUUUUGGGAACAGGGUUGACACAGCAGGUACUUGUCCUGCAUAUUUUUUCUUAAACUUUUUUCCCAAUUGUGUUUGUUUCAUUAUUAUUUUUCAAUAUAUAGCUUUUAUAACAAAAAAAAUAUUAGCUUUGAUCUUAUCGCUUAAAAAUCACAGGGGACUGGGGUAGACUUUUGCUGAGCCGGAUCGUAGAGGAAAAAAAAAUAUUUAAAUUUUAAAUUUACAUUUUUGCACAUUUCAUCCUCCUUCUUACAUGAAUGCUUGUAAAAAAAAAAGGCCAAAAAAGAAGAAAAACACCACAAUUCUACAUUUAGACAUAUAUGGAGCUAUAAGGAUGAGGCAUAAGAAGAAAACAGGCGUAAUAAUUUGUCCCCUUGCAGCCCACUUCCCUACCAUAUGGAAUGUUAUUUGACUGACCGUUAAUCUACAUUGCUUAGUCAACAGUAAAUUAAUUAAAGUUGGGGGAUGGGGAAGCACUUAGCUUUCACAGAAGCAAUUAUGUCUGUAAUAAUUGGUUAUCGCCAUCUCUAUACUUAGAAUGAAGAAUAAUGCAUGUUAAUUUUCCUGUAUUAAAGAUGCUGUGAUUUGUAAAAAGUCUGUCUUUUGCGGAAUGUCUGGAUAAAGAAGCGUUACCAAUAGGAAUGGAUCGAUAGUUGAAAACUGAUUGCCCACCCGCCAUCUUUCCUUCCUCUUGUUUAUUUUAUGUAAAGGUAUAUAUAUAAAUUGCAUCCAUGUUCAGAGACAAUUUUUUAAUAAUAGGUGUAAAGUUUAUUUAACCAACUUUUUCUUUUAAAGCAUCUCACCAUUUUAAGGUUCUUUCAAAAAGGUGGUCUUAGACUCAACUAAUUCCCGUUAAUAAUUUAGCCAUUUUUUUCAAGUUUGAAAAAUAAUUUGUAAAUAUUUAUUUAGACCUUGGAUAUUUAUUGAAAGCGAUGACACAAUGGAAAUAAUGGGAACGGAAGAACCGGGAGGAAAAGCUUUUUCUUUUCUUUUAGUUUUUCUGGAUUUUGUCAGGGUCAAUAUGAAGAUGAAGCUCAUACUAAGCUUCUGUGAUCUGUCAGUACAAUCCAGAUCAUAAACAUACAAUGGUGAUUGGAAUAGAGUAGGUGCUACCAGAUAAUUUCCAGGACAAGUUUUCAAAAUUCAGACCGCACUGUCUGAAUUUAAAUUGGACACAGUAGUAAGAUGAAGUCACGAAGAGUCGGAAGCGACUGAACGAAUAAACAACAACAAGUAAAAUGGUAACUUUAUCCCCAAUCCAGAGAUCUUUUGCACAUGCAAAUAUGCAUAUGACUCUUACAUGCGAUAAGCUGCCCCAUUCAAUCUGGUGAGAAAAGUACAUUCACAUAUGCAUAGGAAAGCACAUGUCAACUUGCUUUCUUCAUUGAAAUGAAUGGCUAAGCUAUUGCUGUCAGAACUCCAUACAAGCAUUAGCACUUCUAGUCCCAGAGAAGGAUCCUAGGUUGGGCUGAAUAUCUGCUAACUUUACCUUGGCACCUAAUAUCCUUAAUAAAUGAGUAAUCAAUAGCUUUUUUUGCUCUGUGUUGUGACUGUAAAGGAAGCCAUCACCCCUACUGCAAGCGCAACAAAGAAUGCACCCUUUGAUUAAUUUACAAUUCCUAAAAAAAGAAGAAAAAAACUUCGGUCCAACCCUAUAAAAGCAAGUUUUUGUGAAAACUCUCUUUUUUUGGUGUAAAAUCAUUCCAGGAUAUGUAAUAUUUAACUGAUAGCUGCAUGAAAGUAAGGUUCGUGUUCUUUUGGCUUUUAUUUUAUUUUAUUUUUUGUCUCUGUUGACACAGUUGCACAUUUUCAAGUUACUACAGCGUGAAAACUGCGUGUUUUUUUUUAAAAAAUCAACAAAAGAACAGCAACAAAAAAAUUGUGGCCUGGUUUUGUAUAAGUUUUAGGGGGAAAUAUCAUUGUUUUAGGAAUCUUGAUUUUAAAAAUACUUUUUUUCCCUGCAAAUCAUAAAGCUAUAUUAAAGUGUUGAGCUUAGCCACUAUGCACAUUGUAAUUUACUCAUUGUGGCUGUCCAGUUCUAUGAUGCAUUCUGGCAUUUUGUAAGCUGCUCUGACUAGCAAUAUAUAGAGUCAUUAAAUGUGUUAACAUUGGUUAAUAAAUGUAUUUGAAAAGACAACAA